CUCUCUCUCGUCCAUUCCGUGUCUAAUAAUUCUUCACAAUCGCAAAAUCAAUUGCGUAAAGUGAAACGAUGUCGAAAGAUAGCAAGGUGAUAACCCUGAAGAGUUCUGACGGUGAGGUUUUCGAGGUGGAAAAGAGAGUGGCCCUGCUGUCUCAGAUUCUCAAACAAAUGAUCGAGGACGACUGCGUCGAUAACGAAAUCCCUGUUCCCAACGUGACCAGCAAGAUCCUCGCCAUGGUCAUUGAGUACUGUAAGAAGUAUGCUGUAGGCUACGCCGCAUUCACUGCCGCCGGCCGUGACAAAGCCAAGAUCAAGGCCAUCACGGACGACAUGAAGACGUUCGUUUCUGAAUUCGUCAAAGUCGAUCAGGCCACCCUCUUCGACCUUAUUAUGGCUGCUGACUAUCUGAAUAUCAAAAGUCUUAUGGAUCUUUCUUGCAAAUCUGUUGCAAAGAUGAUUGCGGGGAAAUCACCAGAGGAGGUUCGUGAGAUAUUCGACAUAACAAAUGACUUCACUCGUGAAGAAGAAGAGAAGGUCCGAAGAGAGAACGCAUUGGGUUUUGAGUAGUAUAUUUCGAUUUUUCUUUAAAGCUGGAUAAAAGUUCUCUUGGUGACAUCUGGAAUUUUCCUGUUUCUUCAGGAUUGUUUCCAUAGUAUUGUUGACAGUUCCAAGUAUUUUAGUUACGUACGAAUUUUUCAGGAUUGUUUCCAUAGAACAGUUGAAAAUUCACAUUCUUUUUAGUUACCUAUGAAUUUUACGUAUGAAUUUUUUAGGAUUGUUUCUGUUGUACAGUUGAAAGUUUGCGAUCUUUUUAGUUACUUCGUUAUGCAUUAAUAAAAUUUUACUUC